UCACAGUCGAUCUGACACUAUGGGAACAAAACAGACUCACAUCGGUGCAGUGCAGCAGACCAGUUCUCUGCUGAAAGCAGCUCUGCUCUCUGUCCUGCUGUGUGGCCCACAGCGUGUGCUGUCAGACUCAGAUGAGGUAGUCCAGACUGAAUGGGAGAUCUGGAAAAGCACUCAUGGCAUAACGUACGAUGAAACGGACGACGUGCAAAGAAGGGCCAUCUGGGAGGAGAAUAAGCAGAUGAUUGAAUACAAUAACCAAGGCUUUUUGAUGGGGAUGAGGCCAUACACUAUGGCCAUGAACAAAUAUGGAGACCUAACGAGACAAGAAUACCAGGUUCUGCAAGGUGCCACUAUAAACGCUCAGUACGUGAAGAGAGGGAAGGACGCCUCGGCUCGAAGACUGCGUUACAAUGCAAGCAAGUUAGAAGCUCAGUUUGUCGACUACAGAAACAUGGGAUACGUCACAGAGGUCAAAGAUCAGGGUUACUGUGGUUCGUGCUGGGCAUUCAGCACUACAGGAGCUAUAGAGGGACAAAUAUUCAAGAGGACAGGCCAGCUUGUAUCCUUGAGCGAGCAAAAUUUGGUGGACUGCUCCAAAUCGUACGGUACCUAUGGCUGUAGCGGCGCCUGGAUGGCCAAUGCCUACGACUAUGUGGUCAGCAAUGGACUGCAGUCAUUGGACACCUACCCCUACACCUCAGUGGAUACGCAGCCCUGUUACUAUGACAGCAGACUUGCAGUUGCUCAUAUCAAAGAGUACAGGUUCAUACCCAAAGGAGAUGAGCAAGCACUGGCCGACGCUGUGGCAACUAUUGGGCCAAUCACAGUAGCCAUCGAUGCAGAUCAUUCAAGCUUCCUGUUCUACAGCUCAGGAAUAUAUGACGAACCCACCUGUAACCCCAACAAUCUGAGCCACGCAGUGCUGCUGGUCGGCUACGGCUCAGAAGAAGGCCAAGACUACUGGAUCAUCAAAAACAGUUGGGGAACCAGCUGGGGCGAAGGUGGCUUUAUGAGAAUGGUUCGAAAUGGCAGAAACACUUGUGGCAUCGCGAGCUACGCCUUGUACCCUAUUCUGUGAUUUUGACAAGAUGCUAAAGAGCUGAGUGUUCUUUGAUGGGACUGGAGCUCCAGGGGACACUAGUCAAACAGCCCAAGGCAUCUUUGUACUCCUGUUAUCCAUAUUUUCCUUUUUGAUGAUGUAGCUUAAUGUUUGGGCUAAAAUUCAUAAAAAAUCUACACUUCUAUUCUCUCAGGGACAUAGCACACACAUGCGCCUGACUGGCUAGAUAUAUUUAGUUAGUUUUAUUCAAACGUACCAAAAAAAAAAAAAAUUACAGUUCAAAGAAACACUAAGAAAGACUAUGUAACUUUGGACAGACCAGAGCAAGCACUCCUCCAAUUAUAAACAAAAAAGUUAAAUUCUUAAAGAAUAAAAUGCAGCUGCUCCAUGUCAGGCAAAUAUGAGCUAAUAUGUAGCAUUUAGCAUCACACUGUCAGACAGUACGUGAAACUAGUGGCAUUACUCAUAUUACUAAAUGCAUAAAUUUGUUUAUUUUUAAUUAAAUAAUUAAUUAAUUAAUUAUUAUUAUUAUUAUUACUUCAGUUUGAUUUUUGGAUACCACAGGGCAAUUAACAACAAAUAAAAUGCCAAUGAAAAAUCAAAAGGACAGUUUAGAAAGAACAGAAAAAAGCUAUACUGCUAGCAUGUAUCCUAGCAUCCCAGAUGGCUAACGUGUUAGCAGUUAGCUUGGUAGUCACAGAAGUUGGCCUGGUCUGUAACCUGAUGUUAACCCAUCCUAUAGUGCUCCACAAGUUACACAGUCUUUCUUUAAACAGAUGCUUUAAUUACCACCAUUAUGCAACCAUAUUAAUUUUGAGAAUUAAAGCGUACCAUAAUGAAAAUCAGAGUGCCCUUUAUGUGGAGAGUUUCACUGAGCUACUGUAUAAUUCUUAUAAUACAUGACCAGACUGCAAUAUUUUGUUAUUUUUGUCACAGUAAAACCUGCACUGAUAAGAAAUCACAUAGAGAUAUUGGAAUGGAUGAAUAGGUGCUCAUGUUAUUAAUUAAAAUCUGGCCUCCCUGUAUCCGGACUCAACGUGGAUCAGUUUGUGGUAAAACAAAUAAAAUGUUUCUCAGAUUGUCAAUGCAAAUAAAAGCUUUUACAGUGA